UUCUCCAUGUUCCAAAAGGCAGAGUUAUUACACACUGGACAGUCCCAGGCUCAGUUUCCUCUGAUCCUUGUGACAUCCAGCACACAUGGGCCCUUCCGAUGUUAUGGAAACUAUACAAAUACCACAAAUGUGUGGUCAGAGGCCAGUAACCUUCUGGAGAUACACGUCUCAGGGCUGUCAAGGAAGCCCACUUUGAUGACUUCAAAAGUCCCUGUCCUGGCCCCUGGAGAGAACCUGACACUCAAGUGUUCCUCUGAGAUAAGUUAUGACAGAUUUGCUCUGUUCAAAGAGGGAGGAAGUGACCUCACUCAAGUUUAUGCUCAUCAGCCCCAGGCUGGACAUUUUCAAGCCACCUUCACCUUAGCCUCAGUGAAUUUCUCCAUUGGUGGUCGAUACAGAUGCCUUGGUGCACAGAGCUUCUCCUCUGAGUGGUCAGCCCCCAGUGACCCUCUAGACAUCAUGAUCACAGGAUACCUCCCUGUCACACCCAAUAUCUCAGUGCAUCCAGGUACUACUGUGUCCUCAGGAGAGAAUGUGACCCUGCUGUGUCAAUCAUCAGACCCAGUGGACACUUUCUUUCUGUUCAAGGAAGGUGCAGCCCAUCCCUACAUGCGACAAAGAGCAAAGUCUCAAGAUCUACAAUAUGAGGCAGAAUUCUUCAUGAGUGCUAUAACCUCAGCCUUUGGGGGCUCUUACAUAUGCUUUGGUUCUAACAACUCAUCCCCUUACCUAUUGUCACAUGCCAGCGUUCCUGUGGAGAUCAUAGUCUCAGGACUGGUAAGCUAUCAAAAGACCGUGAUCGGGGUUUCUGUGGCCUUCUUCCUACUGCUCUUCCUCCUCACCAUCUCCCUACUUUUCACACUCAGGCAUCAGAAGAAAAACAGAAAGGGAGUUCAGGCAAAGACUGACUUGCAGCCUCCUGCAGAUUCAGUAAACAGGGACAAAAGACUCCAGAACAGCUCCAGCCCAGCUCCUGCCACCCAGGAAGAAAUACUGUAUGCUACUGUGAAGGUCACACAGCCUGCAGACAGCAUGGAGCUGGAUGUCCUGGUGAGACUCUUGAUUAUCCACAAUGUUAAGAACUUAUGAUCCAAUAUAAUGCCAAAGCAAUCUCUGUUUUCCCCCUUUUCAGACCUUCGUAUCAUCCAUAGCUGGCUCCUUGUUUCUUGAAGCACCUAUAUUGUGUAUGCUAUGAUCUCAUUCUUUCUUUGUUUACUUUUGACAAUAUGGCCCCAACUUUCUGACUUCUCAACAUCUGUCUGAUUUCUAGAGUGAUUUUAAGGGCUCAGAAGAGAA